AUGCAAGGCCUACUUGACGCUAUCGUAAAUGAGGAUACUGCAAACAGUAUCCUCAAGCUAUCGUGCUUCAUUCAAUACGCCUCAAGACUCAGAAAUGAAAUCCUGCUUGCCCAACAAUCUUCUCACCUUCCUAACAUCGUUCCUCAGUUCCUUCCUGUCAGCAUAAUUAAAUUCCUCGCUUCAAGCUGCAUCCUAAGUGAACAGGAGGUUGAGGAGUGCUGGAAAGUUGUGAAAGAGAUUGUGUGGUCAGCUUGUAUCCUUGAUGACAAGGCUGUGUCGGCUGCCUUCAAGAAUCAUGGCGCAGAUAAAGGAUUCACUCGUAAUCUGUGGCCUCCCUCGCAGCUCUGUACCAACCCUGAUUGUAAACGCACGGAUAAUGGAAGAAAACUCCAGAUUGCAACUCAACGUGAGGGGAUCCUCUACACACUUAAUGAAGGACCCAUUCCGAUUCAUUCCUGCUUCCUAACUUGCAAAGACUGCAAGACCGAUUAUCACCUUGAUUUUUACGUGAAGAAUGAGAGAAGAUUCUAUUACGACAAUCCACCUGACAUUUUCCAAAUUGCAGAUCACCAAUUCAUAGAACGUCAUCUCAUAGACAUGUGGCGAACAAGCACCAACAUCGCAUGGGUGUCAUUUGCCAAUUGCGCCGCCGUUUACUUGAAUACACACAAGACAACGACAAACGAUAAAAUCCCCGAGUCUUGGAAAUUCAAGGGCAAACUUGACGGCAAAAAUGUUGCGCACGCCUUCAUUCUGUUAGCGUUGCUUGAGGACCACCAACAGCGCAACACCAUCCUUCAGGUACCUCAUGGCGGCUUACAAUCUGAGCGCUACAAGGUAGCUAUGCAUGAAAGAAACGACCGGAUUCGCCUUUAUGGCCAACCAGAACUUCGUCACCGGUGUCAGAAAUGUGUCCGUGAGUAUGUAAAUGAUGGGUGCACUGGGCUCACCGUUCACGCGGUUGUCAUGGAUGGGGUAACACUAGGUCGCCCGACAUGUGGUGUGCCACAUUGCACCCUUCCUCUUGCCAACAAGCGUCAUCGCUUCUGUCCAACACAUGUCCAUUUCAACGAAAAAUGCGCCAUUGUUGGCUGUAGCGAAAGAAUUUCCGCACCUGACAAACGGACAUGCAAUAACCCUAUUCAUCAGCAGGUUGAAAAUGUCCAUGUUGAACGUGGGCAGGCGGCAUUCCAAUUGAAGGAGAAGCUGAAGAGAGCAAAGGUUGCCCACCCAAAAAAUGGAGAGGCUCUUGACUUACCGGUGGCUCAUAUCAUUGAACAAGGUGACGACCUUGACGAGACAUAUGAGAUUGUUGGCGACCGAGUAAUCCCUUCCGAGGCUGACCCGCAAAUUCUUGUUGCCCCUUGUGGUAUGAUCAUAGCUAGAGAAACAUUUUACUACGCAGAGUCAAUAACUGCAGUUGUGGAGAUGAUAAAGCGAACUUACCGGGGCGGGUUCAUGCCCAACCACAUAAUCUUCGACAAUAAUUGUAGUGUUGCAAAGCACGUCAAAGACGACCCAGAUUUCAACAACGUUGGGCUUGCUGUUGACGUUUUCCAUUUCACCAACAAACAUGCUGUGUCAGACACUUUCUGUCAAAGCAACUGCAAUCCGGCACUCUUUCCAGAGCUUCUUGGCGAGAACGGAAGGAACUGGUGGUUCAACACCUCAAUCGCGGAGCAAACAAAUGUCUGGUUGGGCGGAUUCCAUUCAAUUUGCCGAGAGAUGGCGAUGGAUAUGUUUGACUUUUUUCUUGAUGAGAUGGUCAUGAUGAGGAAUAGGGCAACUAAGGCAAAGCUUACGAGCCAAGGCCUUAACCCUCAAUGGUGGAGUUAG